AUGUCUGGUCAUGGUAAGGGAGGCAAGGGUCUCGGAAGAGGAGGUGCUAAGUGCCAUAGGAAGGUAUUGAGGGAUAAUAUCCAGGGCACUAUAAAACCAUCUAUUCGCCGUUUGGCUUGUCGUGGGGGCGUAAAGUGCAUUUCAGGUCUCAUUUACGAGGAGACUCGGGGAGUACUGAAGGUAUUUUUGGAGAACGUGAUCCAAGAUGCUGUUACUUACACCGAGCAUGCAAAGCGGAAGACUGCGACUGCCAUGGACAUUGUUUAUGCCCUGAAGCUCCAGGGACGUACUCUGUACGGAUUUGGAGGCUAA